AUCUUUCACCAAAAACCCUAGCUCUAUAUAUUCCCAACUUAGCAGUUCCAAUUGCCAUUCUUGUUAAAAAAACCCUAAUCAACGCAGCAGCAGCCAGAAAUUAAAAAACAGAAGAUGAAGAUCGUCGCCGCUUUUUUGCUUGCCGUUUUGGGAGGCAACACCAGCCCCACCGCCGAUGAUUUGAAGAAAAUUCUAGGAUCCGUUGGCAUUGAUGCUGAUGAGGACAGAAUGGAGUUGUUGCUGUCUCAAGUCAAGGGAAAGGACGUAACCGAGUUGAUUGCUUCUGGAAGGGAGAAACUAGCUUCAGUGCCGUCUGGCGGUGGUGUUGCUAUGGCUACAUCCGCAGCCCCUGCUGCUGGAGGUGGCGCUGCAGCCCCUGCUGCUGAGGCCAAAAAGGAGGAGAAGGUUGAGGAGAAGGAAGAGUCUGACGAUGAUAUGGGUUUCAGCCUCUUUGAUUAAGUCUGGUCUUGGAUUGUAUCUUUUUUUCUUUCUACUUAGUCUUUGUUAGUUGAAAUUAUUACAAGCUGAGUAUUUUUGUCUGGAAUUGAACUUUAUAAUUAAUUUAAAGAAUUUCAUCGUUUAACUGUUAA